UUGUCGAGGCGGUCAUACAAAACGGCAGUCGCUCGUUCGUUCGUUCGCUGGCCUCUCACUGUUUGCCGCUGUUCACUGUUCGCAGUUCGCUCGUUGCCUGUACACUUCGCCUUGCCUCUGUUCUUUGCCGUUCGUUCGGAGGGGGAAGGCGCUGCUGUGGUCGUGGUCUUGCCGUCAACGGUCAAUAGCGCGCCCACACGCCUAUAAAAAGAUUUCUGUUCGUGUCGCUUGUACAUGUGUGUGUGUGAGUGAGUGCGUGUGUGCGUACGUACGAACGUAAGCGUAUUGGUGAAAACUGUCAAAGCGUCGCUGCAAAAAGGUUUUUUGAAAAACCGUUAACGCUAAACCAUGAAGGAAAUGAAAGUGGCUCGAGCGAUUAGCGAGUCCUCCACAACCUCCGAUAAUACAUCCGAUUUCAUUGAUAUUGUCAAGAAGUACGAUGUCGUCUACAAUAAUCACAAUCCUGAUUAUAAGAACGUCGAGGUGAAGAUGAAGGUCUGGACACAAAUAGCGGACGAGAUUGGAUUAUCAGUGGAAGCUUCGAAGCGAAAAUGGAAAAACCUUCGCGACAGUUAUACGAAAUAUCUGCGUUCCUUUCGAGUUGGUACAAAAACAUCAAAGAAAUAUCAGUAUUGGGCGCACGCGGAUCACAUGGAGUUCCUCAAACCGUUCCAGGGACCGGGCAGAAACUCGGCGAAUGGCAAUGGCAAGUCGAACGAUGAGGAUGACAAUGAAUGCGACUUUGGCUACCAGGUGCUGGCCAAGGCGGCCAGCAAUGGAGGAGAGGAUGACCUAAAGAUCACCAUUGCCACGGCGACGGCAUCCACCUCGGCGCUCAGCACGCAGACCGUGAACAGUUAUACGACGCCGAUACUGACGCCCAGCGUGGCCGCCACGCCCCCCAGCCUCGUCUCGCCCGGAGCGCUCAGCAACUCCGGCGCGGCGCCGCAGAACCACAAUAGCAAUAGCAACGGUAGCAGCAACUGUGCUGCGGUGGCGCCUCUGACGCUCAGCUCGAUGACGCCGCCGGCCGCCAACUGCAGCAACAGCAGCUCCAACAGCGGCAUCCUCCCUCUGCCCGCCCUGCCCCUGAGUGCGGCGGGCAAGAGCUCAGUCAGUGCCAAUGCCGCUGCGCUGGCCACCCUAGCCAGCCUGCCCAUGGGCAUCGGCGGACUGCCCGCUGCGGCUGCGGCCCAGAUGUUCACGCUGAAGGCCGCAGCGGCUGCCGCCGGACUGCCGCUCACGUCGACGGCCAACUGCAGCACGGCCAACAAUGUGGGCUGCCUGAUCAUCGAGCCGCAUCUGUUCGCUGCCGCGGACAACUUCAAGAAGGAGCUGAGCGCAGCGGCGGCAGCUGGUGCGCCGCUGGGUCUCUUCCAGAAUCUGGCCAAUCGGCACAAUCUGAACGGAAAUGCGACGACUGCAGCUCUGGGGCUGGGCAAUCCGACGCCACCGCCGCCCCCACCGGCGGCGCCACCCAGCUCUAAGGUGAGGCGAGUGCAGCCAUCGCCACAGACAGCUGCCAUUAACCUCAGCUGCACAAGCUCCAAUACAAGCGCAACCUCAGCCAACUGCUCCCAGCCCUCGCCCGCCAAGACGCGCAAGAUCAGCGAUCCGCGCUUCCCCAGCGACUGGGACGUGUCCGCUGUGCUGCAGGCCAAUCGGGAACUGGACGCCAAUACGCUGUUCUUCUUGAGUCUGGCGCGGCAGGUGCGUGCCAUGCCCAUGAAGUUCCAAUCGCUGGCCAAGAUGCGCUGCAUGCGCAUCGUCAGCGACAUCGAGCUGGAGCUGGAGAACUUCGACUGCAAUGGCGUGGUGCCGCCCGAGGAGUCGGGCAGCACGGCAAAUCUCAAGUACUGCACCGACACACCGCCGCCCCAGCAGCCAGAUGGCUCCACGCUGAACGUACCCGCUGGCGGCGGGAUGGUGCCCGAGGGCUCCACGGAGCACUUUGUAUAUGUGAUGUCGCCGUCGCGCGUUGAGAGCAUGAUAGACAUCUCAUCGGAUGAGGAGAGCAACAUGAACGGAGGACUACCGCCUGCAGCUGCUGGUGCUGGCCUCUCCGCUGCUGUGGCCACCGGAGCUGUCCACUGAGAGCGCUGUCCUCCACUUCCACCUCCAUCUCCAGCUAUCUUAUAACCACUUACAAAUCGUAUUGUUAAACUUAAGUAAACUUAAAUUAAAUACAUUAAAGUACAGUUUGUCGUCUUA